CUCUACGCCCAUCCAUUAUCCGCUCGAGCGUCGCACGUUGCGGCGACAGAAACACCGCCAAACUGUCGUCCCCAAUUCUCCUCUCUCGCACCGUCUCCUACGACGCGGGCACGAACCCUCCGCGUCGUGGAGCUACGCACGGCAGUAUGACGGACAAGGGUGGUAGGAGGAGGAGAUCUAGCAGUAUCCUCCAGGUCUACCACGAGCCGCCCGAGCCCAUUGAGCAGCUCAGUGACCAGUCUGCUCUGCCCAACCUGAACGCGAAUUGGGUCAACGCCAAAGGUGCUUGGACCAUCCACCCCGUCCUGAUCGUCUGCCUCAAAAUUUUUUACGACAGUAUUCCGGGCGUUUCCCAGGAAACAUCAUGGACGCUGACAAACAUCACGUACAUGUUUGGUUCUUAUAUAAUGUUCCAUUAUGUCCGUGGGGUCCCAUUCGAGUUCAACGGCGGUGCCUACGACAACCUCAACAUGUGGGAGCAGAUCGAUGACGGGGCUCAGUACACUCCCUCCAAGAAGUUUUUGCUCAGCGUUCCCAUUGUGCUUUUUCUCCUGAGCACACACUACACGCAUUACGACCUGGCGUACUUUACCAUCAACUUCCUUGCUGUUUUGGCAGUUAUUAUUCCGAAACUGCCUUUUAGUCACCGCAUGCGGAUAGAGUUAUUCUCUGGGAACACUGACGAUUAAGUAGUGUAAUGGGACACUGGGAUGUGCGCUCCGAUCGAACAGACAACUUGAUUGUCGGGCAUGGUUGCGGGCAGGCGAUCACGAGCAUAAGAGGGUGGCGAAGCGUUCAUAAGCAUCAGAGGUUGGAGAAGCUAUCUUUCUCCUUUGGCAAAGCACACAUCUUCACAAGAACAGAAAAUCAGACGCUCGAAUCCGUUGAAUUCAAAGCGCAGCACGAUCUCCGCGAAACCAAUCUAUUUCCAUCCAGAAGCCCGGCCGAGUCCAGCACGCUCAAGGGUUUCCCUCCCCUAGGGUGGCGGGUUAUUCGCUGAUAAGCCAGACGGGCGGCAGGCAAAGUCCAUGACGAACAGCAUCCACGUCAGUGUUAGAUCAGGCCAGGAAUGUCGUUGGAUGUAUAACACGCAAGCUAUGCACCGAGCUGAAGCUUCCUCGGAACUUUUCUCCCCGCCAGCUCUCUCCGCACUUUG